AUGCCGCCACCGAAAACGCUAAAGGAAUUAAAGAGUUUGCAAGGAAAGCUGGCAUACAUUCGCCAUUUCAUUUCAAAUCUAGCAGGGAGAUGUCAACCGUUUUCCCAUCUGAUGAAGAAAGAUAUAGAAUUUGUGUGGGACCAAGCUUGUCAGAAUGCGUUUGACUCGAUCAAAGAAUUGCUGAAACAACCGCUGGUAAGAAAGAAGGAACUUUUGCCAUACUGCCGAAAAGCACAGCAGUUGCUAGAACAUUUCUAUCAUGUUGAGAUCAAACAUGUACCACGAUCUGAAAAUGCAAGGGCAGACGCCUUGGCUAGUUUGGCAGCGGCUCUGUCUCGCCCAAAUCGAAGCCCUCUUCAAGAGAAUUAUCGCGUAAUAUCUGCAAAGGUGGAGGAGGAUGGAACUGUAAGGGAUCAUCAUUCUUUGCAGGGAAUUCAUGAGUAUUCGUCAGAGAAGUACCGAAAGUUAUCCAUCCUUCAAGAACAUUAG